AUGGAAGCAUAUUUGGCAGAUGUCCCUACUUUUAUUAAAGCUAUACAAAGUCUACAACUUAGUAGAGCAAUCAGGAAAGAUGGAGAUGGUCAAUUUCUAACUUGUAGUAUAUCAACUUCAGGUAUUAAACUUAGUAAUCACACAACUGGAAAGGAUGUCUUCUGCUGCUGUUGGUUGAAGAAGGAAAUCUUUAAAAAAUUUGAAUGCUUAAAUGAAUUAGAAAACAGUCACUUCGAUAUAUGUCUAAAUACGUUGAUUAAUUGUAUCCAAGUAUUUGGACUGGAUGCAAAGAUGGCAAUUCUACGUUAUGAUAAUGCAAAUCUACAUCUUAGUAUUACUGAAGAUGAAGGUGCAAUGACAGAUUGUGUACUAUGCACUUAUCAUACUUCCGAAGAUAUAUGCGAAAUUCAGAGAUUUAUGAAUACUAAUGACGGCUAUAGGAGCAAUGGUAGUAGUACCAAUACGGACUAUAUUAUGAUCUUUCCUCAUGUUCUAAGAGAUCUAUUGAAAGAUCUAUGUGAUAUUGCUAAAAACGAUAGUAAGGUAAGUUGUGAAUAUAUGCAAAAAAAUGUAUACCAGGUUUUUUAUAUAAAUAUGAUCUAUAAUCAGAUGACUUUAGAACUAUUCCCACUUAAUAUUAAUACUUCACCAAAACAUUGUGUAAUGUCUUUUUCAUGUAAGCUAGAUGGUGAAGAGUGUUGUUGGGAACUCUUUGAUAAUCACAAUGUCUUCCCUGGGUAUAGAAUUGACCAGUACCACAACCACACAUAUAUGAUUAAAUCUUUGUUUCAAAUUGAACGUGCCUUGGCAGUUUGUUCUACCCUUAGAAUUAAAAUAAAUAAAGAAGGUCUAUUAGCAAUACAAAUGAUAAUAAAACAAGAUAUACAUCCAACUAAGGAAGUCCAGAGUGUAAACGCGGAUGCCUCGUUAAAAUAUAUAAACUACUACAAUACUGAAGUGUUGAUUUUGCCAGUUAAUAAAAUUAACGGAUCUGCUAGUUUUACUUAA